GCGUGCCAGAGGCGGGGCCGAGGCCGCGGCGGGUGGCAGCGAGGAGCGGUCGGUGGCGGCGGCGGCGGCCGGUGGCGGCGGCGGUCAGCGGGUGGCCAUGGCGGAGGCGGAGGCGGGCGGCAGCGAUAGCCGCUGCGUACGGCUGAACGCCGAGCGGGCCCAGGCGCUGCUGGCCGACGUGGACACGCUGCUGUUCGACUGCGAUGGCGUGCUGUGGCGCGGCGAGACGGCCGUGCCAGGCGCACCCGAAACUCUGCGGGCGCUGCGGGCCCACGGCAAGCGCCUGGGCUUCAUCACCAACAACAGCAGCAAGACCCGCGCGGCCUACGCGGAGAAGCUGCGGCACCUGGGCUUCGGCGGCCCGACGGGGCCCGACGCGGGCCUCGAGGUCUUUGGCACGGCCUACUGCACAGCGCUCUACCUGCGCCAGCGCCUGGCCGGCACGCCGGCCCCCAAGGCCUACGUGCUGGGGAGCCCGGCCCUAGCGGCCGAGCUGGAGGCCGUGGGAGUCGCCAGCGUGGGCGUGGGUCCGGAGCCGCUCCAGGGCGAUAGCCCCGGCAGCUGGCUGGAGGCGCCGCUAGAGCCGGACGUGCGUGCGGUGGUGGUGGGCUUCGACCCGCACUUCAGCUAUAUGAAGCUCACCAAGGCCGUGCGCUACCUGCAGCAGCCCGAUUGUCUGCUCGUGGGCACCAACAUGGACAACCGGCUCCCGCUGGAGAACGGCCACUUCAUUGCGGGUACCGGCUGUCUGGUGCGAGCCGUGGAGAUGGCCGCCCAGCGCCAGGCCGACAUCAUUGGGAAGCCUAGCCGCUUCAUCUUCGACUGCGUGUCUCAGGAGUAUGGCAUCAACCCAGAGCGCACGGUCAUGGUGGGGGACCGCCUGGACACAGACAUCCUCCUGGGCUCCACCUGUAGCCUGAAGACCAUCCUGACCCUCACCGGUGUCUCCAGUCUUUUGGAUGUGAAGAAUAAUCAAGAAAGUGACUGCCUGUCCAAGAAGAAAAUGGUCCCUGACUUCUAUGUUAACAGCAUAGCCGACCUCUUGCCUGCCCUUCAAGGUUAAAGAUCUAGUAUCUUUAAUCUCUGGAAUAAAAAAAAAAAAUUGAAAAUCAGUUACCUAAAUUAAUAGAUGGGGCUUAGGAAUGGCUCAGCUAGGUGGCUACAGACUGUAAAUGGAGUUAAGCAAAGGCAGUAGUUAACCUUGUAAGUAAACUUUGGCGGGGGGGGGGGGGCGUUGUUUACAGAUGAUUAUAUUUUAAGAUGCACUUUUAAGUUUGGAGGGCAUUAUGGGGUGGGUCCUGUGCCCAGGAUUCAGGUAGCCUCAGGCCUUGUUGGUGAGAGUGAGGUGGGUCAAGUGGUGUGUGUCAUACAUUUUAUGGAAAAACUUAAUUCAGGGAUCAAGCCCUCUGAGGGGCAGAGAAGAAAGGAAGGGCUCUUUUACAGACCAAAUUGGGGUUCCCCCCAUUGUGGUCCUCAGCAGGAGGAGCCUGUUACUGUGUACUAGUUCCUCACCUGCAGGUGGGAAUGGAGGGAGGGGGCUGCUCCCAAGUGGUUUCACCCUAUUGUUGGGGUGUGGGUGCUGCCCUUGACAUUCUCCACUUGCCCCUGCUUUCCUUGAAAACCACUUUGAUGUCACGAUUGUCUGUUCCCUUUCAGAUGCCCAGCACUGCAUCUAUUCAUACACAGCUCUCCGGUUCUGUAAACUCAGCCCAGUUACGUUCAGCUGUCUCAAUAGACAUUUAUAUACCCAUGUGUCUCACUGAGUGUGGUCCUCUGAGUAACCAAGUGGGUAUGAAUGCCUUCACUGAACUUGGCUGCUGUGCAGGGAGCUAUUAAAAAAUUUUUUUAAUCGGUGAAC